AUGGCGCCGGCGAGCCGCGCCGCGUCCUUGCGGGACUAUUACGGCCUGCAGCAAGAGCAGCAAGAGCACACAGAAGAGAAAAAGGAAGAGAAAAAGGAGACGCCAUCCGUGGGGCAGAUGGCCGCGACGCAACCGCUCGACGCGCUGCUGCGCCAGUCGCUCGACCUGAUGGAAGGCAUCCGCGAGCUGAACGCCGACCGCCAGAGCCUGGUAUACAACCACCACCAGGAGCUUGUGGCUGCGUCCGAGACCGUCGGCAAGAUGCGCCGGGGACUCGAUGGGCUGCGGCCGAGCCGCGAGGCGCUCCAGAAACAGUUUGCGUCCAUGGAGACGCACCGCCAGACGAUUGCGCAGCACACGCCGGCUGCCGAAGAGAUCGACUGGCAAGGCGCUGUUGCGCCGCUUGUGAGCCUGCCUGCAACGCUGCAGCAGCUGCGCAAUAGCGACAAGGAGGACGCGGCACGCGAACUCUAUGCGUCCUACCAAACCACACUCACGGCCUGGGCCGAUGGGGGCGUCGAGGGCGCACGCGAUCUGCAGCGCGAGUGCGAGGAUGUACUGCAGCGGACAUAG